AUGCAAAAAAUCAGGACCUGGAGGAGCAGCAACUGGCAGAUAGGACGCUACGGCGCGCGCAGCUCCCGGAAGUUCCGCCUUGGGCAAUUGCUAUUUUGGCGGGCAGCAGUGACGUAUGUUGGUCGCGUGUCCCUGCUCCUACCGCCAGUAAACAGUUUGGCUGGCAGGCCCGCGGCUGUGAGCGGCUGCGUCUCGGGACCGUGGGGAACCGCGUGGCGGCCAGAAGCUGGAGCGCGGGCCCUGGAGGGCUGCCUCCACCGCAACGGCGAGACGGAAGUCCAGCGGCGGCCCGCGCCCGGCUUCCGGGCUGUCCCGGGUGCUCCUGGAGCGGCGGUCUCCCGGCUUCCGGCCCUGGCGGGCCCGGCGGCCUCGCGAAAAGCGUCCUCACCUGGUGAGAAGGGGCGCUGGAGCCUACCGGCGGCGGCGCGGGGAGCCGGAACCGCGCUCUGGCCCGAGGCCGCCGCGCUCCCGAAGGAACGUUCGUUCAUUCCUUUGCUGCACGCAGGGCAUAACUGUUCGCCUGACAUCACAGCGCCUGUUUGCCUCGGGCCCGGGGAAGUUCAGCCCGUCUGGGUUCCAGCACGCUGCUGUGUGUCAGGUUAA